AUAAGAUGUCUCGGUGUCCCAGAGGUCUUCCAGGUGGAGCUGCAGCGUGAGAAACCCUCCAAUCAGAGCAGUCCAGUACGUGGGGCUGUGACUCAUCAGGAAACAACUCAACUGAGUUCUUCUCCGUCAACUCUUCGGUCUGUUUGAAGAAACUUGUUUCUGGUUCUACAGGAUUCUUUCUGUCUCCUCCUCCUCCUCCUCCUCCUCCUCCUCUUCCUCUUCCUCCUCCUGAUGAAGCUGAAACAGGUUUGUUGAGUUGCUGUCAGAGACAAAGGUUUCAGUCGACACACACGAUAAGAUGUCUCGGUGUCCCAGAGGUCUUCCAGGUGGAGCUGCAGCGUGAGAAACCCUCCAAUCAGAGCAGUCCAGUACGUGGGGCUGUGACUCAUCAGGAAACAACUCACCUGAGUUCUUCUCCGUCAACUCUUUGGACUGUUUGAAGAAACUGACCCAUCAGAGACCAGACCCUGCUGAACCUGAAACUUAACCUGAACCUGAACUUGAACCCAGCUGUGUGUCCAUGAAGAGUGUCCGGUCCAUGGAGCCACCACUACUUUAAUAAAAGACCUGUAAGGGAGAGGAGAAUAGAAAUGGAGGAGCGGCUACUUGAAAUGGAGGAGAGAGGAUUGAUGGAGAGACUUGAAUGGCGGAAGGAGGAAAUUGCAAUGAAAAGGACCCAGAAGAGACCAGAGUCUCCUGAACCUGAACAUGAACCCAGCUGUGUGUCCUUUAAGAGCGACCAGUCACAGGGACGCUUUAUUGAGUUUAAAGGUCAACAACCCUCUGCUGAAAUGAGGAUCCAUCAAAGACCAGACUCUGCUGGACCUGAACCCAGCUGUGUGUCCUUCAAGAGUGACCGGUCACAUGGACGCUUUAUUAACUUUAAAGGUCAACAACCCUCUGCUGAAAAGAGGAUCCAUCAAAGACCAGACUCUGCUGGACCUGAACCCAGCUGUGUGUCCUUCAAGAGUGACCGGUCACAUAAACGCUUUAUUGACUUUAAAGGUCAACAACCCUCUGCUGAAAAGAGAGUGGACCAGGAGAUCUCAGAGGUUCCCAGUGGUCAGUCAGCCCAGCAGCAUCAAACACACCUGGACUCCAUAUUUAUGCUGCUGGAGGAGAACAUCAUCAAUUUUGUGAAGAACGAGCUGAAGAAGAUCCAGAAAGUUCUGAAUCCAGAUUACCGAGAAUGCUCAGAGAGUCAGAGGGAGGGUGAGGAUGAAGAGCAGAGGAGGAGCAGAGAGGCAUGUCUGAAGAUCACACUGCACUUCCUGAGGAGAAUGAAGCAGGACGAGCUGGCUGACCGUCUGCAGCGCAGAAGUUCUGCCGGAGUUUGUAAAGGUAAACUCAAGACUAACCUAAACAAGAAGUUCCAGUGUGUGUUUGAGGGGAUUGCUAAAGCAGGAAACCCAACCCUUCUGAAUCAGAUGUUCACAGAGAUCUACAUCAUGGAGGGAGGGACUACAGAGGUCAAUGAUGAACAUGAGGUCAGACAGAUUGAAAUAGCAUCCAGGAAACCAGACAGACCAGAAACAACAUUCAGACGAGAAGACAUCUUUACAGCCCCACCUGGAAGAGAGGAACCAAUCAGAACAGUGAUGACAAAGGGAGUGGCUGGCAUCGGGAAAACAGUCUUAACACAGAAGUUCACUCUGGACUGGGCUGAAGACAAAGCCAACCAGGACAUCCAGUUCAUAUUUCCAUUCACCUUCAGAGAGCUGAAUGUGCUGAAAGAGAAAAGGUACAGCUUGGUGGAACUUGUUCAUCACUUCUUCAGUGAAACCAAAGAAGCAGGAAUCUGCAGGUUUGAAGAGUUCCAGGUUGUGUUCAUCUUUGACGGUCUGGAUGAGUGUCGACUUCCUCUGGACUUCGACAAAACUGAGAUCCUGACUGAUGUUACAAAGUCCACCUCAGUGGGUGUGCUGCUGACAAACCUCAUCAGGGGGAAACUGCUUCCCUGUGCUCGCCUCUGGCUAACCACACGACCUGCAGCAGCCAAUCAGAUCCCUCCUGAGUGUGUUGACAUGGUGACAGAGAUCAGAGGGUUUAAUGAUGCCCAGAAGGAGGAGUACUUCAGUCAGAGAUACAGAGACAAGAAGCAGGCUAGCAGAAUCAUCUCCCACAUCAAGACAUCACGAAGCCUCCACAUCAUGUGCCACAUCCCAGUCUUCUGCUGGAUCACUGCUACAGUUCUGGAGGACAUGUUGAAAGCCACAGGGGGAGGAGAGCUGCCCAAGACCCUGACUGAGAUGUACAUCCACUUCCUGGUGGUUCAGUCCAAACAGAAGAACAUCAAAUACGGUGGAGGAGCUGGGACCGAUUCAAACUGGAAUAAAGAGACAAAGAAAAUGAUUAUGUCUCUGGGAAAACUGGCUUUUCAGCAGCUGCAGAAAGGCAACCUGAUCUUCUAUGAAUCAGACAUGAAAAAGUGUGGCAUCAAUAUCACAGCAGCCUCAGUGUACUCAGGAGUGUUCACACAGAUCUUUAAAGAGGAGAGAGGACUGUACCAGGACAAGGUGUUCUGCUUCGUCCAUCUGAGUGUUCAGGAGUUUCUGGCUGCUCUUCAUGUCCAUCUGACAUUCAUCAACUCUGGAGUCAACCUACUGUCAGAAGAACAAUCAACCCCGUUGCUGCCUAAAGUCUUCAGAGUCAAACCUGAAGUAAAAUGUCUCCAUCAGAGUGCUGUGGACAAGGCAUUACAGAGUCCAAAUGGACACCUGGACUUGUUUCUCCGCUUCCUCCUGGGUCUUUCACUGCAGACCAAUCAGAAUCUUCUACGAGGUCUGAUGACACAGACAGGACGUAGCUCAGAGACCAAUCAGGAAACAGUCAAGUACAUCAAGAAGAAGUUCAGUGAGGAUCUGUCUGCAGAGAGAAGCAUCAAUCUGUUCCACUGUCUGUAUGAACUGAAUGAUCGUUCUCAAGUGGAGGAGAUCCAAAAGUCCCUGAGAUCAGGAAGUCUCUCCACAGAUAAACUGUCUCCUGCUCAAUGGUCAGCUCUGGUCUUCAUCUUACUGUCAUCAGAAAAAGAUCUGGAUGUGUUUGACCUGAAGAAAUACUCUGCUUCAGAGAAGGCUCUUCUGAGGCUGCUGCCAGUGGUCAAAGCCUCCAGCAAAGCUCUGUACGUGGGAUUUAUUCAUCAUAAUGACGUUAAAUCAAACCCUCUCGUGUAAUAUUGCUUAAUUCAG